ACUGAAAGACUUCAAAUGCUGGGCAAAGACAUUCUCAUUUUUUCUUGCAUUUAUUAGCAGAAUCCUAAAGUCACAAGGAAAAAUACCAGGUAGAAAGGAGGUGUCAUGGAGCCUGAGGGGAGUACAUGGGGCAGAAAGAUAGGAGGUUGAAAGGGAAGGAAAAAUGGGGCUCUCCAGGGAUCCGAGACACUGAAAUUCACAGCAAUGUGAGUGUGGUUCGGAAACUGAAAAUAACAUUAAGUCAGAGGAAGAGCGGAAGAGAUCAGACAAGCUAGAGAUGCAGCCCACCUGAGGGGAGCGGAGGGUUCUGUGGGAAGAACUGGAAAAAAACAGGAAGAGAAAAAAAUUAAAAUGCCAGUUUCUUAUGUUAAUUGAAAAUUGAAGUGUGCUUAGAAGGAUUAGCCGACUGGGGGGAUGGUCCCGUAGUGGGCUAGAGAGAACCUGCCAGUUCAGAGCACCUCCAAAAUGUUUUUUUUUCGGCUAAAGAGCCAGGGAAGCUGAAAUGGAGUCUCUCCUUCCCCCUCGGCAGUUGGUAGUGUAUGCCGGGAAAGAGGUAACAUGGCCACUACUGGUGGUGGGGAGGAGGAGAGGAGGAGGAGGAGGAGUGAAAAGAGGAGGAGGAGGAGAAGGAGGAGGAGAGUGGGAGACUGCAGCAGUUGCCGCAGCAACCCAGGCAGGCAGCCAAGGAAGUAGGGGAGUCAGAGCAGAAGGAGAGCAUGGUGUGAGCUCAAAUCACCCGGAGCCUGACAGAGAAGGACUGAGAGCCGCUUCCAGCCCCGCCAGCAGAAGGAGCGGACCUGUGGGAGUUCCGAGAUGCCCAGCCCAGAACUGUAUUCCCCUGGCUUUGGCCAGGGGCAUGGUGAGUGUCAGCCGGCCGCUCCGAGCGAGAGUGAGGACGGAGAGGGCCGGCAGGGAGACGCUGAAGAGUUAGGGAAGGCUGGUGGCAGGGAGGUGAGGAAGAAGAAGAGGGAGGAGGAAGGGGGGAGAAGAAAGAAAACAGAUGCUGCUGGUUUUUCUGUUUUGUCUUCUGUAAGGGCUCCAGGUGGAGAGGAGGAGAAAAAGAAGAGAGAAGAGAAGAGGCCGGGUGCAGCCUCCUUAGUGCGGGGCAAAGGACCGCAGGAGGAUGCCUUCAAUGGGAGGUUUAUCCUGAGGCUCCGAUUCCAAGGCGAGGACAACAACUGCCCCACGAGAGACUAUGUGGUAGGGACCCUUAUCAUCAAGUCGAUCGGCAUGAACCCCAGGGACAUCUAUGCAGUCAUACAGAUCCCCGGCAGUAAGGAGUUUGACGUGAGCUUCCGAUCGGCGGAGAAAUUCGACUUCUUUCUGAGAAAGUACCAGGAGAAAAAGGGCCAGGACUGCUGGGAGAACUUUGUGCUGAUUCAGCUGACCAAGCCGCGGCUCAAAACCCUCUUCAUCCUCUUUCGAAACGAAACUGUGGAUACGGGAGACAUCGUGACGUGGCUGAAGAGACACUGCGACGUGUUGACCACCCCGGUCAAGGUGGCCGAUCGCUUCGGGGUCUGGACGGGGGAAUACAAGUGUGAAAUCGAACUGUGGCAAGGGGAGGAGGGGGUUGACCACCUGCCGGGGGCCUUUUACCUAGGCGCGGAGAAGGGCUACAGCUGGUAUAAGGGCCAGCCAAAGACGUGCUAUAGAUGUGGCUCCAAGAACCAUAUGAGUUUAACCUGUAGCCAGGAAAAGUGUUUCCGGUGUGGAGAGCAAGGGCAUAGCACCACCUUCUGCAAAAAGGGGAUUGUCUGUAACCUCUGCGGGCAGAAAGGACACAUCUAUGCCAACUGCCCCAGUGCAGGCCACUCAGCUGGCAUCACUGGGGAAUGAAAAGAGGGCUUUGGAAUAAUCAAUCCAAUGUUCCAAACUACCCAAGCCCCCCCUCUCCCCUGCCCCUCCCUCCCCCGUGCCCCUUUAAGUGCCAGGACUUCUUUGGUGUUCAUUUUAGCCAUCUUAGAGGAAGUAUUUCCAAAAUAUGUGAAUUACCCAUGUGUCUCUGCCUCCUUAAACAAGAGUAGAGUGAAGAGAAGUCAGCCUUUUCUUGGUGACUCGAGGUCAUCUUUGUGAUAGUUAGUGAUCAUCCCGUGCUAUAUGAUAUUUCUUCUGUCGUCUUCUUCGCUGUUGCCAUGCUGUGAGCUGUUACUUCGAUUGUCAGUGUGCCUACCCUUUUCUCUUUUCCCCCCUUCUGAUUUGCUGCUUCCGAUUUGUUGUGGUCUGAAAAAAUAAUAAUAAAUGUAACCAAUGUUGUUAGAAUUAUAUGUAAAUUAGGAGUAAAUAAGCUCUGAAUGGUGAGCCCCAGGGCCCCUCAUAGAACAAAGUGCAUGGGCUUUGAGACAGCUAUUUUGGUGGCCUAAGAGAACUUAUAUGUUAAUAUAUAGGUAGAACUAGAGAUCUUUUCUUACAGAAUCAUGAAAUAUCAGAGCUUAAGAGGACUUUAUGGAUUAUUUAGCCAACUCCAUCCCUCUUAUUUUUCAGAUGGGCAAACUGAGGCCAGGAAAGGGGAAAUGACUAGAGUCACACAGUGAUGUGGUAGGAAAGCCAGGAGUAAAACCUAGGUUUCCCAACUCUAAGUUCAGAGCUCUUUCUAUUAUAUAUAGUGCCUCUUGAGUGGGGUUUAUUUGUUUAUUUGUUUUUCCUAUUUGGUUUUGGGUUUUUUAGCUGGUUCUUCAUUAUAGUCUGAUGACUGAAGCCACUAGAAGUUGGCUCUCCAGUAUCUAGAUGAAUGGGGGUGUCUCAGAAGGGAGGGAGGGAGGCUGGCUCAGGCAGUCAGCAUCAAGGAUUCCAAGAGAAAAGGGCCAGCCCUGCUGGCCUAAUGAACAAAAAUGAACAAGGCUCUAGAGGAUUUUUAAGAUAAUUGGAACGCCAUAAACAGAAGAAUCAGGAAGUAGGAGAGAAAAGCAAAAAGGAAGAAGAUGAAUUUCAGGUAGAAGGCAGGGAUGAAAGGCAGAGGAAAACCAUUUAUGUUGGAAGGGAUGGUGACCCUCUCCUAUAGGUUGGAGUGUGUUCUAAAGGGAUUUGGCAGGUCCAGUCUGGACCAAACAUUCCCCUGUUUAUCCCCAUCAGUAGUCAAUUGAUGCUAGCCACAUGGUAGUAUAAAUAGGAGCUGUAGGCUUAAAGCUUAAGAAACACCAAAAAGGGAAGCUGAGUAAAAGGUCAUUGCUAACCUUGUGAUUCUCAGAGCAAUGAGUAGAGAACUAUGGGUAAUAAUAAUAAACACCAACAUGUGCAGAGAGUGCUUUUAAGAUAGCAGAGAAAUUUGUACACGUUAUCUUACUGAAGCCACACAGCUCCUGAGAUAGGGACUUAAGAUUUAGAACAGGCAGGAACUUUAGAAAUCAUCUCAUCCAACCCCCUCAUUUUACAGAAGAGGAAACUGAGACCUAGAGAAAAAAAAGUGACAGUAUGAGCACUGGAAGUAGAAGUAAAUUUUGUCUUAAGGGGGAAAGGCCAGCUGUGAAUAGGCAUUGAGGGAGAAAGAGAGGAGAAGGAUAAGGGGAGAGAGAGAGAGAGAGAGAGAGAGAGAGAGAGAGAGAGAGAGAGAGAGAGAAUCACCUUGGUAGAUAGUUAUCCCAAAAGAUGAUAAGCUACUUGUGUGUAGGUUUUGUUUGCCCUUGUUCUGUAUUUGGCAUUAUUUUGUUGUGGUUUCCAAAGUGAAUUAAUGGCUUGGUUUGUUAUUGUGAAUAAAUAUUUAUCUUUUGUAUAAAUUA